UAUCGUCAGUGUUGGCUGAACCGUCGAGUCGUCAGCCGAGUUACGUAACCCCGCCAUCUUUCCGCAUUCGCGCGCCAAAAUCAUUCACAAACGUCACACAUUACGUCAUUCUCUCAUUAAACGUAGUGAACACGUGGUUUAAGAACUGUCAAACAGCUUUAAAACGAUUUCUAACUCUAUUUGUAUAAGGAUAACAUUUAAAUUGGCUUAAUUGUGUAGUGUUUGAACAUACCUGUGUUUCAAUGUCAUACCAGAGAUAACAUUUGUCGUCUUUAUUUAAUUUUUAAUGAUAGUGAGUGUUGUUUGGACGAUGUAACGUGUAAAGCCAAAGUGAUAUUAAAUUAAUUUAAGUAGUAAUUAAUGUUAUUUAUUGUAUUGUGAUAUUUAUAUUACGUUUAUUCUUAGUGCAAGUAAUUUAAAAACAUGGACUUCGUAAUCGGCGGCCUGGCAGGCGCCGGCGCAACCAUUUUCACCAAUCCAAUGGAUGUUGUCAAAACUCGGAUGCAGUUGCAAGGCGAGCUGCGCGCGCGCACCGAUGCCACCACGCGAUAUCGAGGCAUCUUCCACGCUUUGUACGUGAUCGCAAGAGCUGAUGGUGCACUGGCUUUGCAGAAAGGAUUGGCACCAGCCAUGGUGCUUGGGUUCACUAUGAAUUCCGUCAGGCUGGGCAUGUACCACGUCGCAGAAGUAAAUGGUUGGACGAAAAACAAAAAUGGCGACAUCAGCAUAGAAAAAGCAAUAUUUUGGUCAAGUGUGAGCGGUGUCAUGAGUGGAGUGACCGGGAACCCUGCAUCUGUGGUGAAGACUAGAAUACAAGCCGCUGCACACCCAAGUAUAGCUGUUGGAAGGCAGCAUAGGUAUAAAGGAAUGUUUGAUGGCAUCGUCACGAUAUACAAGACUGAAGGGUUGAGAGGGUUCUUCGCGGGAGUAUCCGCCACCUGCACGAGGCUGGCCAUCGGCAGCGCCGCUCAACUCACCACAUUCUCCAAAUUCAAGGAAUAUCUCCUAUCUCGGGGGUAUUUUGAGGAUGCACCGCUGACUUUGUCGUUUUGGGCCAGCAUCGUGUGCGGUGUGAUCGUUGUUUGUAUCGAAACUCCGCUGGAUGUAGCGAACACACGGCUUUAUAACCAGGGAUCCUCAGCAACAGGCGCCGUCCUAUACACAGGAGUUCUCGACUGCCUCAGCAAAAUAUACAGAACCGAGGGCCUCCACGGGCUCUACAAGGGACUAGGACCACUCUACCUAAGGAUAGCACCUCACACUACACUCUCCCUAGUCAUAUGGGACAUGCUUAACAACCUUCUAGCAAAAAGUAAAAUAAACAGUAAAGUUGUCGUUUAACACUUGCGUUUUAUUCC